UUUCAUUUCGCCCGUCCGAGUGAAGGCUUUCCCAGGACCCAAGCUGUCCCUCUCAAGCAGCUAUACGAUGAAGCUUUGCCGCCGGUCACUCCUCUUCGUCCUGAUCCCGGUGUUCGCUCUUGCUUCGUUCGGAGCGUGCGGCGAGGAGGUGAAGGUGGGCGCCCAGCUGACCUACCACCUGAUGCCUCAAGGGAUGCCGGACGCCACGACUCGCCUGCAGGUUACGGCGCUGGACCAGGUCAUAGCGAGGCUCCUCCGGCAGGGCAAGGUGGAGCCACGAGCUGUCGAGGGCCUUGUGUUCCCGGAAGCUGGAGGCGGAGGGGGGACAGGGGUAGAAUCGCUGGUUUACCCUCGUGGCUUACCAAGUACCACCACCCCUGGGCUCUCUCCUGAAGGCGACGCAGAACAUGGCACUCCUUACCCAGAUUCUGAUUAUUCCCCUCUCCCUUCUCGUUAUCAGCCCUCCUCCACCCUCACCUCCAGCCCUGCCUCCAGCCUACCACCCAAUCCCUCCAGCACUCCCUUCCCCACCCUCACCUCAAGCCCUGCCUCCAGCCUACCACCCAAUCCCUCCAGCACUCCCUUCCCCACCCUCACCUCAAGCCCUGCCUCCAGCCUACCACCCAAUCCCUCCAGCACUCCCUUCCCCACCCUCACCUCAAGCCCUGCCUCCAGCCUACCACCCAAUCCCUCCAGCACUCCCUUCCCCACCCUCACCUCAAGCCCUGCCUCCAGCCUACCGCCCAAUCCCUCCAGCACUCCCUUCCCCACCCUCACCUCCAACCCUGCCACCAGCCUACUCCCCAACCCUUCCCACACUUUCUCUCCUAACUACAUUAACCCCAACCAACCUGACUCCAUCCCAACCCCAGCCAAAACCUCCUAUCCCUUUAGCCCUUCCCCAACCUUCCCCUUCAGCUCAGUCCACAACCUCUUCUCUAGUCCAGACCCCACUUUUCCCACAGAUCCAGCCUCCACCUUUCCUUCCAGCUCCCCCUCCGGCCAAGCACUCCCCUCCUCCACCUCUCCAUCUAGCCCCUCCACAACCCUCCCCAUCAGUUCAAUCCCCACCUUACCCUCCACCCCCGCCCCCAGCCCCCUCGCCGCCGCUGCGCUGGACUCCUUCACGCUGUGCCUGUGGUUCCGUCUGGCCUACCUAAGGGAGUUCACAGUCAUCCUCAGUUACAACACCCACAAAGGACGGGGCGAUUCCCUAACACUUGGGCCGCGGUUCAGCGUCUUCGUCAUGGAGUACAUGGAUCGCAAUAGCUGGAUUGAGCAGUCGAUGGUGGAGCCCCAGCGCUGGCACCUCGCCUGCAUGAUGCGAGACGGACCAGCUCGCCGCGCCUCGCUCUUCCUUGACGGAGCGAGACUCCUCAGCAUGGACGCCACAAAACAACUUCCUCUUAAUGGUACACUUGUGUUGGGCAACGACCAGGACUACCCGGGUGGAGGCUUUAUUGAGGCCCAGAGCGCUCCUGGCUCAGUGACGGGUCUGUACCUGUGGCCGAGGAUACUCUCACGCACAGAAAUACUCGCUGUUGGAAACUGCGACCCACCUGGCGCCGCCCUCCUGCCCUGGGAGGCCACUCCAUGGGACGCGUUUGGAGAUGUACAGAAACAGUAUAAGAGUCCUUGCCACGAGAGAGGCUCAUACACGCACUUUUUGCUGCCUAUUAAAGUGACUCACGGAAUGGCCCAUUGGAUGUGCCAGGGUCACGGCCUGACGCUGCCAUUCCCCACGUCUGAGGCGGAGAAUCAAAACUUAAUGUCUUACAUCAACACUAAUUUGUCAGCCUGUGCCUCCGCGUACAGUGCUUUUCCGUCGGUGUGGCUAGACGUGACCUACGACGAAGCCAAGCAGCGGUGGCUCGGCGGCCCUGAGCAGCUUCCCGUCAACUUUACCCGCAUGACGUUUGUCACCAAAACCUCUUUAUUGUCUAACCCUAAUGCAUACAUUACUGAUGAUGGAGAGUGGAUAUCCAUAGAAGCAAAUGGGGAGAGGUGUACAAUGUGUGUGGGCACCUACAGCAGCCAGUCUGUGUACAUCCACGGGUUGUGUCGCUCCGAGGGCACCGUGGAGCAAUACACCACUCUCUACCCUCGUACUGAUGAUCGAGGAGUCUACUACCUUCGGGGAGCCUCGGGUCUCCACCUCCGCUACGACACAGGGAAUCGGUGGGUCAUCCACUACCUGCCCACAAACACCCUCGUGGGUGAGUACGAUGCUGCAGAGUUCUUCUGGGGCCGCAAGGCGUGGAGACUGAAUGGGACAGAGGCGGUGUGUAGACCGCAUCAUCGGCUCUUCGGACGCAACAACUUGACUAUCAGUUGGUGUCGCCCCGGAAGCUUCACCUGCACCUCCGGCCAAUGUGUGGAGCUGAACGACCGCUGUUCUCUUGACUCUGAGUGUGACGACGAAAGCGACGAGGUGGACUGCCAGUUGGUGCACAACCUCGACGACUAUCAGCACCACCUGCCGCCCUACACGCCUCUCCUUCCUCUCAGCUUUAGCAUCACUCUUAGUAAGCUGUGGUCGGUGGACCUGAUGGGGCAGCUGGUGCACGUCACCUUCAAGGUUAACCUGCGGUGGAGGGACCGCCGCCUCGUCUACCACAACUUACGGGACAAUCCUAGUCUUAACGUGGUGCCAGCCACCCACUCCGACUCUCUGUCCCCACAUGUACCCUCGGAAGGGACUGUGUGGCAUCCACAAGUUCAGGUGCGGGACGAGGAGCGGCUGGCGGGGGUGGUGGAGCCGCGAGCUCGCCUGGUUGUCAGGAAAAUGACAUCCGGUCGGGACAUCUUCACGGACCUGGAAUACUCGGGCGCCGGUAACGACUUGGAAUACUCUUUGGAGUUUGAGUCUAACGUGCACUGCGAGCUCAACCUGGAGAUGUACCCCUUUGACUCCCAGCUGUGCUCCAUCACGGCCUCCGUCACCAACGUGCUGAGCCAGGUCGUGCAGUAUCCCUCGCCCGCCGGCCAGACCCACCCCGCCCUGCCGCCACAUGCCGAGUUCAUCAUCACGUCCCCGACCCUUAGGCUGAAGAACGGAAGCACCACGGCUCGACUCUCCUUCUGCCUCCACCGCCGCCCUGCCCACCACCUCUUCUCCACCUACCUCCCCACCAUCCUCCUCCACCUCAUCGGCUACUCCUCCUUCUUCCUGCGGCUCGACAGCUUCCAGGACCGCAGCGUCAUGAGUCUCACCACCCUCCUCGCCCUCCUCGCCCUCUACUCCGAGUCCCUGGCCGCCCUUCCCAGCACGUCCUACCUCAAACACGUCGACAUUUGGUUCAUCUUCAGCAUCGCCUUCCUCACCGCCGUCGUCAUCGUGCAUAUUGUUGUCGAAAACCCUCGCAAUCACAAGACUCCCCUCAUGUUCCUCCCCAAAGACCCCAUGGUCCCCCCUGACUCGCUGUGGCAGAGGCUACGUGAGGACUGGCGUAAAAGGAGCACCAACUGGAAGAUCAUGGCCGGAGCGAAGGUGGGCAUGGGAGUGACUUACGUGGUGUUCCAGUGCGUGUAUUGGGGUCAUGUGCUGCGGAUGAAGGGGUAGAUAAAAUGGGAAGGGGUGAAGGGCAAGUAUAGAAAUGGUGGUUCGUGAAUGCAUAUACUGCUACUACUACUACUACUACCACUACUAUUGUACCUACUA